AUGAGCCGGAGAUGGAGCAUCUGCAGAAGGUCGUCUCUCUCUCGUACUCGCCCGCCUCCUCUGCCUCUCUCUGCAGUACGAGGCAGUGUUGCUGCUGCUGCUCUGCUGCUCCGAGUGGCAAAAGCGACGGCAGCAGGAGAGGCCAACCGGUCCGAAUCCGUCGGGGGCCUCGAGGGAUCACAGCUCGCGCUGGUUCCAUGGAGCGGCAUCCCUGAGCCAAAUUAUGCUCCCAAGCCCCCCCAUGGCACGCGCCACGCUCUCCUCCUCCCGCUCCCCCACCCCCACCCCCCUCCCCCUCUCCCUCUCCCUCUCGCGCUCUGGGCCUGGGCCUGGGCUUGGGCUUGGGCCUCUCUGCCUCUCGCCCCGCCUUCCGCCUUCCCCCUUCCUCUUCCCCUCCCCCUCACAACCCCCUUCCCCUGCCCCUGUUUUCCUUUCGCUGCCCCUGCCCUUGCCCCUACCCCAGUCCCAGUCCCUGCCCCAGCCCCAGUCCCGCCCGGGCCUCGGCUCGGAGCCAAAAGCGCAGGUGGCCAACAGUCGGGGCCCGGGGGCUGGUCGCUCGUCGCGUCGCCGGAGGCCCAACAAAUGUGGAACUGCACUCGCCUCGACCACGUACGCCGUGGCGCCCCUCGACGACGGGGGCCGCGGCAACUCCUCUCGCCUUUCGUGGCCUGGAACUCGUCCUCCGACGCCGGCUGGCCGAUGCCGUCGAUCCCUCGGUCCGACGACGGGCCCGGAUGCCGGUACCGGUGGCGCCCACGGUCAAAUACCAUUUGA